CUUGAGUGACGGGGUCUUGUAUUGACUUGUUUUAUUUCAUAUCAUUUAUUGUGUUGUUCUUUUCUGUAUCUUGACAUUUGAUUUCACAUUUGAUUUCGUCACUAAAUGAUAAGCUCUGACCUAUCUUCCACAUCCUAACAAGCUUCACAAAUAAAUCUUUCCGACUUUUCAAUUCCACUCUUACCGUUUAUUCAACCAACAACAACUUCAAUUCGCCAUCACUAUGCGUUUCGGUCAAACAUUGAAGAGGUCAAUAUAUCAACCAUGGAAGGAUCAAUAUAUUGAUUAUGCGAAGCUCAAACACCUCCUACGAGAAGAUUCGGCAUCUGAGGGUGCCGAUCGGCCAUGGACCGCUGAUGAUGAGACAAAGUUCUGCGAGGAGAUCCUGAACGUUCAGCUAGAAAAGAUAGCAUCUUUCCAAGCUUCAACCUUUAAGAAGUUGGAGGAGCGUGCUAAUGCGGCGGGUGAGAAACUCAAAGAGCUUGCACCAGAAGAUGGGAAAUCAAAAGAUGAUGUCAACACCGCCAAAUUCAAGAAGAUUGAAGAAGAGCUUGAUGCUAUCAUCAAUGAUACCAAGGAACUAAAGAAAUAUAGCAGCAUCAAUUAUACUGCGUUCUUGAAGAUUGUUAAGAAGCAUGAUCGCAAGAGGGGCAACAACUAUAAAAUUAGGCCUAUGGUACAAAUGAGUCUGCAGAAGAGGCCCUUCAAUUCGGAACAGGGCUAUUCAGCAUUGCUCAACCAGUUAUCGAUGAUGUACUUUAUUGUUCGCCAGCAGCUGGAGGAUAACUCGGAUCCUGCCGCGACUUCAUCGGAGGUUCAAUCGCAGUCACAGACUCCGGAAAAGUAUACCGCCUAUAAAUGUAAGUAUGCUACGCCCCUAGGCGGAGCCCUAUGCUAACGAGCCUUCUUAUAGUUUGGGUUCACCCCGAUAAUCUUUUGGAAGUCAAAACGUAUAUUCUUCGCCGACUUCCAGCUGUGGUAUAUAGUGAACCAUCCUCGAAAAGUCCCGAACCCCAAGCCGACCCGACCCUUAACUCUCUCUAUCUCGAUAGCCCAGACUUCACAUUGUAUGAUCAAAAGAGAGAAAAGAAGGAAGAAGCAACAUCACUGCGGAUAAGGUGGUAUGGCCAAUUGAAGGACAAUCCAGAGCUUCAUUUCGAACAAAAGAUUGCACAUGAAAAUGGCACCAGCGAAGAAAAGAAGCUUUUGAUAAAGGAAAAGUACAUCGACGCUUUCAUCAAAGGCGAAUACAAGAUGGAGAAGAGCAUACAAAAAAUGGAACGGCAAGGACAGCCAGAAGCAAAAAUCGAGGCCUUCAAGAAAACCGUGGACGAUAUUCAAUCACUCAUCAAAAAGAAUGGCUUGCAACCAAUGUUGCGAGCUAAUUACACGCGGACCGCCUUUCAGAAGCCGUUGGACGACAGAGUCAGGAUAUCUAUCGAUACUCAAUUGGCAUUCAUUCGAGAAGAUUGUAUAGACGAGGACCGACCUUGCAGAGAUCCUAAGAGCUGGCACAGACGCGACAUCGAUAGUAGUGCCAUGUCGUAUCCAUUCAGUAACAUAAACCCAGGUGAAAUAUCGAGGUUCCCAUAUUCGGUUUUGGAGAUCAAGGUUAGGGAUGGUGCAACCAAGAAGCAGCCUCAAUGGGUACAGGAUCUGAUGGGCUCACAUCUUGUGUACGCAGCCCCGGGAUUCUCUAAAUUUCUUCAAGGUGCUGUGUCUCUUUUCGAAGAUUAUGUCAACGAUUAUCCUUCGUGGCAUGGGGACUUGACGGAUGAUAUUCGCAAAGACCCACAAGCGGCAUUCGAUGAAGAUCAAACCCGAAAAGCAAAGCAGGCCGAGAAUGAUCUUGUAGUUGGUAGCUAUUUAGGAACUUCCCAUAAAGCUAGCGCAAGCUUCAAGCCUGCUGUCAGCUCGCCAGUAGGCAGGUCAUAUAUGGAAGAGAGGAUGGUCGCUGAGGAGAGGGCUGGCAGGAGAUCUCAUCUAGAUGGUCCUUCAGCCUCUGGAGAUGCCGGAAAUGAUGAAGAAGAGAAUAGAGAUUCGAGGAAUCAAAGUGGAUAUGGUACAUUGGCAUCCGUGUUUCCAUCUUUCUCUCUCUCUCGUUAUGCACAAUCACGCCGAUCGAGAAGUGUCCAAUUACCUCCAGGCGUUACCAAACCUACUCAAUACAUCAAGGAUUCAGGUCCUUUACAAGUCGAACCCAAAGUUUGGCUGGCCAACGAACGUACAUUUUUGAAAUGGCAACAUAUAUGCAUAUUAUUGGGGUCUCUUGCUGUUAGUUUAUACACAGCAGCAGGGGAGGAUGAAAUUGCGGAAGCUAUGGGUAUUGCAUAUAUUGUCAUUGCUAUAUUUGCGGGAAGUUGGGGCUACUGGAUGCAUUACACGCGGCGAAACAUGAUUGUUGCCAGAAGCGGGAAAGAUUUCGAUAAUUUGAUUGGGCCAAUGAUUGUCAGCGCUGCCCUCAUGAUUUCGUUAUUUCUCAAUUUCUUCUUCAAGGUAAGCUUUUGCGGUUAAGUAUAAGAAUGAAGAUGAUGGCUAACUAUAUGCGUGUAGUAUCGACAAGCUAUGGACAAGUACCGAGAGGAUGGAUACAAUUCAACCAACAUCAUGUUGGCCAAUCAAACCUCUGAGGAUUUCAAGAUUGAUCUGUAAGGUGGAUGGGGGAUUGAGGGGUAGUGGAUGGUUAGCUGUAUGUUCUAGUGUUCCCAGCUUGAGCCUGAAACGCUGCAUAUGUAUACCAAGUUGUUAGCUCAACUGAGAAGUAAAUAAUUUAGAACCCGUAGUAAUAUUUCA